AUUUAGAACACAUCAAAUGUUUAAUACAUACAUACAAUUAUAAGCUCUGAUACGUCAAAGAGAUGUGGUGUCGAACUGAACUGUUGAAUUAACAGGGUUUAUUUUGGCCUAAUGUUCUUGGCAAUUUCUUUUAAACCCGACGAUAUACGAAUGGAUUGGUCCUGGUAUGGAAGCUACAGGGAAUAAAAACAUCCUAUUUGGUAAAAGUCGUUCGAUAGUAAAUUAAUUUAGUUAUGUAGGCAUAAUGCCUCUGGUAUUUAAUUUAAUGGGAAGAGUCCAGUGAUCAAGAAAUGGAAUAUUUAAGAAGUCGGUUCUUAAUUAAAUAAUACUUACAAGUUCAAAAUUCAAAUGAAUCAGACUAAAUCAACAUGAGACAUUGCAAAUUUUCACAAGUCAGACCACUAAUUAACAUAUGUGUUAUUGUGACUGCUUGUAUCUGUACAUACCUCACCAUACAUUUUGCUACUGUUAGUCAUAAACUGAAGUAUCUACCGCAACAUGAAUUUGAUAGUCCGCCUGAUGGAAGAAGAAAAACCUUCAUAUACUUGGAAUCUUUUCCAAGUUUUUAUGAACUGAAAAUGGGAAGUAAGCAUUUUGUUGAUUGUCCGGUGAAUUUAUGCGAAUUUACAGACACCCCUAACGAUUUUGAUAAAAGUGAUGCCGUUAUAUUUUACACGCAUCAUAAAUCAGGCCCCCCUCCUGUCAAACAGCCAAAUCAAAUAUGGAUUUAUUUUGCCGUGGAAAGUCCGAUUCAUUCCGGUAAUUCAGAAUUGGGAAAAUGGACGAAUUCGUUUAACUGGACUAUGACUUACAGAUAUGAUUCUGAUAUGCGGUUCGGUUAUGGAAAAGUAGUUCCCAAAUUAAAGUUUCAAAAUGAUUCUGUGAUUGACAAAACGACUCUGAGUAAGAAAAAGAAACUUGUUGCAUGGUUUGUCAGUAACUGUUAUACACAAAGUAAAAGAAAUGAAUUUGUUACAGAACUCCAGAAAAAAAUCAAGGUAGAUAUUUAUGGAAAAUGUGGAACUUUGACGUGCGGAAAGGAUAGUAAUGACAAUUGUUUGAAAAUGUUAGAAGAUGAUUACAAGUUUUAUCUUUCAUUUGAGAAUUCCCUGUGCAAAGACUACAUCAGUGAAAAAGCUCUACAUAUGCUAAAACGUAAUAUUGUGCCUGUGGUCCGAGGUGGUGCAAACUAUUCGGCCAUUUUACCUAAAAAAUCAGUCAUUCAAACAUCUGAUUUUAAUUCUGUCAGUGAAUUAGCGGACUAUCUUGUAUUUUUAGACAAUAAUCCGAAAGAAUAUGAAAAAUAUUUUGAGUGGAAAAAGUAUUAUGAUGUAAUUGAACCUGAGCCGUUUCCAGUUUGUGAUUUAUGUCAGCGUAUUCGUAAUUCAUGUUCGUCCAAUUUUCAAAAGCAAUAUGAGAAUGUAGAUAACUGGUGGCGUAAGGAUAUAUGUUGGGAACCGAAUGAUAUAAAAUAGAGGCUCAAAAUUAAUCUCAGGGUGUGGAACUAGACCAAAAGCAGUUAACUACAGGUACAGGCACAAAUGUCCUGUUUCUUAAUUUAAUAAAAAAAAAAAAAAUAAGUACAGGUGUGCUAUAUGGAUCAGGAACCGAACAUGAUGUAAUGGUAGCCAUCUUGGAAUUCUGACGUCAUAUUAAAAAUCAAAGGCUGGUAAUUGAUAUGGAAUUGUCCAAGGAACAAGCAUGUAAAGUUUCAUGUUGAUCUUACUUGAAUUGGAGGAGCCUGAGACUUUAUUUGAAGCGUGUCACUCUCACCCAAGAAGAUAACUAUUCCAAAAAUAGCCAUUAUAGUACCGAGUAACUAUAAUUUAUAGAAAUUGUAAACAGUUUCUGAUUAUGUCUUAAUUAAAGACAAUUACUUAUAUUCACAAUUAGUCGAUUGACUGCCGACAUAAACCAAGCAUGCUACAUACCGUACAUAUGUUAUUUGUUUGCCCUGGGUUUUCUCAUUAUGGAAUAUUGAAUCUUAUAAAAACCCUCCCAUUUAGCCUGCCUUAUUAUACAUGUACAUGUAUGUAAAUUAAUGUACAUACCACAUUACAUAAGUACUGUUAUUAUUAUUGUUUCCAAAUAAUGAGAUAAAUGUGGAAGUUGGCAUUGAUCAAAGUUAAGUUACACAUUGAUCACUUCUUUUAUUUAUUACUUUUGUUAUAGUUAGAUUUUUUUUUUUUUUAGGGGUGGGGGGGUAUCUUCCUUUGACGGUAAUUAGGAAAAAUAUCACAAAUUCUGUCUCUCAACCUUCCAGCUUAUUGAUUUAUUGUUAUUUAUUGUUUGUGAAGGAUUGUGAUAAGGACGGUAUAUUCCAUGUUUUAUCGAAAUCCAUUCAAUAGAAAACCUGGUAUUACAUUUCGAUUCAUUCACCAUAACAAAUUAAAGUUAUUUAUUUCGAAGGAAGGACAGAUCCAGUUUUGUAGUUCCAUUGCUUUUUAUGGUAACCAAAUAAGCAUAUAAUUAUAAUCAGUUAUCUUAAUUUAUAUAAGAUUGCAGUGAUUUAAAGAUUUUAAAAUUGUAAGCAUUAUAUUCUUAUAAACGUCCAUUUUAUAUGUACAUGUUAAACUCUAAUCUUGACCAAUUAAUUAAAUAUCCUUGUACAGUGUUGUUAAUGUUAUUGUUAUAAUUGGCAUAAGGAAUGCUUUUAAUUAAGAGUUGUUUAUUUACAAGAUGGCAUUAUUAAUAUAUGUUCACAUUUCUUCUUUUAUACAACCUCAUUAAAAUACAGAUCUAUAUUUCAUUUCAUUUUUUUAUAUGCUUACAUGACAAUGUGAAUGUGGUUGUAUAUUGCCCUGUCCGUCCGUCGUCCACAAUUUUUUGUGAACACUCUACAGACUACAUUUAUCAUCUGAUUGUUUUAAAAUUGAUAUAUGUUGUUUACAUUAGUGAGUUGAAGAAGGCUAUUUAAUUUCAAUAAUUUCUGUUUAUUUUUUUUGGAGUUAUGGACCUUGAUUCACUUUGGUGCUCCUUUUGAAUGCUCUAACGACAAAAUCUAUCAGCUGAUCUGUAUUAAACCGAUAUGCAUCAUUAGUGGAACGAAGAAUCCUAUUGAAUUUCAGCAAUUUCAGUUAAUUACAUAUAGAGUUAUGGCCCUUGUUUCACAUUGUUGAACAUUGUGAAUGCACGAAGCCCAAAAGUUAUCAUCCUUGCAAUCUGUAUGAAAUUUAUAUGCAUCAUUUAAAUUAGUGAAAGAAAGACUCCUAUUGAAUUUCAGAUAUUUUUCUGUCUAUUACUUCAAGAGUUAUGGCCCUUAUUUUACUUUGUUGAACCUUUUGAACACUCGAACAACAAAAGUUAUCAUCUGAUCUGUAUGAAAUUUAUAUGCAUUAUUUAAAUCAUUAACGAAAAAGUCUGUCGAAUUUCAACAAUUUCUGUAAAUUACUUCCAGAGUUAAGGCCCUUGUUUCAGUUUGUAAAACUUUUUUAACCCUCAAAUGACAAAAAUUACAAAACUGAUCUGUAUGAAAUUGUCUUGUAAAUGCCCCCCCCUCCCCCCCCAUUACCUACAAAUAAUAAAUAUGCGACAACCCUUGUCGACCACUUGGACGAUUUACCUGCUGUGGGCAUAUGUUUCGUUGCCAGGCAACCUAUCUUUAUACUUUUGAUGGUCUCCACGAAAUGAAGAUCACACUGGUUGUUAUAAAAAAACGAAACGAAAUAGGAUCUGUGAUUUAAUCCGAUUGUAUUUCAUGUAUAAGCUAUGUACAUGAGUGCUACAGACAGGCAUCUCAAUUCACAGCAUUAUUAGGUCAGAUGAAUUUAUGAAAUUCAACUUAUAAUUUUAUUUGAGAAUAUUGUAAUCUUCUGUGAUGACUGGCAACUAUUUUGUUAAUAAAUUUUUUUUUUUUUUUUU